CCUUCCCCGGCCCCGCCGCGGCCAGGCUCAACCAGGAUGUGCGGGUUGGAGCCCUGCAAGGGCGUUAGAACCCGGGAAACUGCGCCUCAGCUUCGCAUCUCCACCACCGGCGGAGCCGUGUGACCUGGGGCCACAUGCAGCCUCUCCGGCCUCAGCUUCUGCUCGUUGGAAUAGCGGGCUCUGACCUGCCCCGCAGGGCGGUGAUGAAAAGUCGCUGCGCUCAGGCACCGAGGGUUCCAUCUACGAGAUUUCUGGAAAUGAGUGCUGCCUCUCCACAGGGGACCUGAUCAAGGUCACCCAGAUUUGCCUCCAGAAGGUGAUCUGUGAGAGCCUGAGAAUGGGUGAGACCAUGGAGCUCACCCCCAACUUCAAGGGCCACUUCAGCCCCCUCACCUGCUCCCAGAGCUACGGAAACCUGGAGGAGCUGAUCGCUGCCACAAAACAGAGCUCCAAGCCGCUGCCCGUUUUCUUCAUAUCGUCCUACAGCAUCUCCAUAAAAAACAACGUGGUGCCCGAGGACCAGCCUCUCUUACUUGAGGCUGUGGAAAUGCACCUGGGGACCUGCUGUGCCCGCUGUGUCCUGAGCGCAGGUGCCAAGCAGGUCACUCUGCACCUGCCCCUGUCCCAGAAGGGGCUCUUCUGGAUAUGGGAGCCUGGUGUCCCUCGGACCCUGCUCCAGGCCGUGCAGGAACCAGCCCUGAGGGACCUCCCCGUCACCUGCCCCACCCUGCCCUGGAGCUCACUGAUCCUGAAGCCCCAAUAUGAGAUCCAGGCCAUCAUGCAAAUGCGCAGAACCAUUGUCAAGAUCCCCUCCACGCUGGAGGUCGACGUGGAGGACGUCACUGCCUCCUCCCAGCACAUUCACUUCAUCCAGCCGCUGCUGUUGAGUGAGGUCCUGGCCAGGCAAGGCCCCUUCCCCGUGCCCAUGGAGAUCCUGGAAGUUCCAGAUGGGCCCCGCAUCUUCCUCAGCCCAUGGGUGGACUCCUUGCAGCAAGGCCAGAGACUCUGGAUCUAUGGACAGGCCUCGCCACGCUGGCGAGUCCUGGCCUCAAGCAAGGGCCGGAAAGUGCCCAGACACUUCAUGAUCUCUGGGGCCUAUCAGGGCAAGCUGCGGCGGCGGCCAAGGGAGUUCCCCACAGCCUAUGACCUCCUGAGUGCUUUCCAGCCAGGCCAGCCACUUCGGGUGGUGGCCAUGAGGGACUAUGAUGGCGAGGAAGAGGAGAACCCUGAGUUCACCUCCCUGGCUGUGGGUGACCGGCUGGAGGUGGUGGGGUCUAGCCAGGCCUGUGGGACCCAAGGCAGGGACACAGACGUCCUGGUGUGUCAACGGCUGAGUGACCAGGCUGAGGAGGAAGAGUGUGAAGAGGACCAAGGAAGGAUUCUGCUGCCUGUCUACUUCCCUGGCAGUUUCGUGGAGGAGAUGAACGAUGGCCGGCGCUACAUCCUGGAGGAUCUGAUUGCCCAGUUCUCACUGCCUUGUGAGGUCAAGGUGGUGGCCAAGGACACCAGCCACCCUGAUGACCCUCUUACUUCCUUCCUGGGCCUACGGCUGGAGGAGAAAAUCACAGAACCCUUCUUGGUGGUCAGCCUGGACUCUGAGCCUGGUAUGUGCUUUGAGAUCCCUCCCCGAUGGCUGGAUCUGACUGUUGUGGAGGCUGAGGGGCAGCCAAGCCAGCCAGCUGGGCCUCCCCCCAUAGCCACAGUGGAGGAGAUGACAGAAGCCUUCUACUAUAAACUUCGAAAGUUAUCAGCCUGUGACGAUCAACCUCCCCCGCCCAGGCCCCCCAAAAGGCAGGGCACCACUGGGCAGAACAGACCGAACAGCAGGGAAGGAACCAUCGAGUCUUCUCAAGUCUUAGGACUGGAGCAACAACCUCUGCUGCCUGAACCCAAGACAAAGACCUUGCCAGAGUUCUCCAAGGAUAGCUCAAAUGUGUACAGCAGGUUUCCUGCUCACAAGGGCCAUAUGCGCACUAAGCCCAACAUGUGGGAUCCAGUGCUUAACAAAGUGCCUGGCACAGAAGAAGAUGCAAGAACAUUCUUAACGGCUCAUCAGUCUCCAGGCUCUUCUACUGUAACCAGUCCUUCACCCUGCCACCAGAACCACCUGACGACUUUCUAACACCAGAAUCAACCAAUGCUUUGCAUGGUUCUAGAUAAACUGCCAGACUGAAUUCACAUAGCAGAAAAUAAUGUUAUGGAGUAAUUUCAGUAUGAAUAAAGAAAUAUAAUUUAAGAGAUAAAAUCAUGGCGCACAAUGUUUCAUCAUGCCAAUAGGUAUGAAAGAAAGCAGCAAAAUGUCCUACUUGGGGUUUUUUUUCUGAAUAUGGUCUGAAAUCCUGUAACUAAGAGCUCACACUAUGCUUAUGUGUCUGUAUCUUAAGGCCGUGUUAGGCCCUAGUCAUCUCGACCAGUGGGGACAGUUAAAGGAAUGGCAAUUCUGACAGAAACAUGAGAGCGUCAUCCGGAAUAAAAUAAAAUAGCACAGCACAUGGAGAAAACCUUUUGGGGACUGAUGGAUGCCUUCUGACUCAACCUUCAAAGAGCCAAGGAAGUCAAAGCUAGAGCACAAAAGCAGUCUAUGUUUUUCUAGAAAAAAGUACUACAGGGAA